CUGAAGCUGAUCACUCUCAGUUUCUCCUCAAACAUCUGAACAAAUACAAUAACUCAUUCGUUUCAGUAGUUCAGUCCCUUUUUGGUAAGACAAUGGCGAAAAUUAUUUUGUUAUGUACGAGUGUUAUUUUAUUAAGUGGAUGGACUCGAGGAGAAGUGCCUUCUUAUAUUAAUGUUUGUGGCCGGAAAAACCCGAAUUUGAAUGAAUGUGUGAGGAACAGCGUUGAAUCACUGCGGGGAAAAAUACGUGAUGGAAUGCCAGAAUUGGAUGUACCUUCGGUGGAGCCAUUCGUAUUGCCAGAGGGACUGCCAUUAGUUGACUCUGCUGAUGUUAAAGCUUAUGCUAGAAAUGUCAGGCUCUAUGGAAUGGCGAAUUUCGUUCUGGAUAAGCUCAAUGUUGAUCUUGACAAGCGUCAGAUCGAUCUCCAGGUGCAUUUUGAGAAAUUGAAACUUGAGGGAGAUUAUGAUGUCGCAGCGAAAAUUGUGGUGCCCAUCAAUGCUAAGGGACCCGUCGAGAUUGAAACAACUGGCGUUGUCGGUCAAGCAGUUCUAAAAUACCAAAUUGUGGACACGAAGAAAGGACAACGUCUGUACUUCGAUACGAUGUCUUUGAAACUUGAUAUUAAAGACUACGUCUCGAAGUUUGUACCGACUGAAGGUGCUGAUGUGACAUUCGGUGAGGCAAUUAACACUGUACUGAACACUAAUCGUCAGGAUAUCAUCAGUGGAAUUCAACCGAGUCUGCAGAAAGCAAUUUCAGCGAAAAUCUUGGAGCUCGCCAAUAAAAUCUGCAAGAACUUUACAUUCGAGGAGCUCUUCCCGAAUCGCGAAUAGUUUAUUUGCUCACCGGAAAUGAAAACUGAAUUUUCAACGUAAGUUGCAUGAAAAUUCUAUUGUACAUAUUGUACAGAAUGAAAAAAAGUAAAACAAAACAAUUUUCAAUUUUA